AAGCCUGUGUAUUGCCUCCCUCAUGGAUCUAAAGGAGAGAGCUGGCUGGGGAGAGAGGUUACAGGGAAGAGGAAAACAUUUGACAUGGUUGUUUUAAGACAGGGAGACCAUGUGUGGGUGGACUCAGGAACUGGGGUGCUGAUAGGAGCAGAGGUGAAGCUCUCCGACACUGGCCAGCUCCUGCUGAUCGACGAUGAAGGGAAGGAACAUUGGGUCAGUGGAAAAACAAAGGAGUCUAUUCGGCCCAUGCACCCAACUUCUGUCAAGGGAGUGGAUGACAUGAUCAGGCUUGGUGAUCUCAAUGAAGCUGGCCUCCUCAGAAACCUCAUGAUUCGGCACAAGGAGGGUAUCAUAUACACCUACACAGGCUCCAUCCUGGUGGCAGUGAACCCCUACCAGCUGUUACCCCUUUACACCGCCGACCAUGUGCACCGCUACACGAACCGGAGACUCGGGGAGCUUCCUCCUCACGUCUUCGCCAUCGCCGACAGCUGCUACUUCAACAUGCGCCGCAAUCGUAAAGACCAGUGCUGCAUCAUUAGUGGCGAAUCAGGAGCAGGGAAGACAGAGAGCACCAAGCUGAUGCUUCAGUUCUUGGCAGCCGUCAGCGGCCAGCAUUCCUGGAUAGAGCAACAGAUCCUCGAAGCCAAUCCCAUUCUGGAAGCCUUUGGAAAUGCAAAGACAAUCCGUAACGACAACUCCAGCCGUUUCGGGAAGUACAUUGAUAUCUACUUUAACAAGAGUGGAGUUAUCGAGGGUGCCCGUGUGGACCAGUACCUGCUGGAAAAAUCUCGGGUGUGUCGGCAGGCUCCGGAGGAAAGAAACUAUCACAUCUUUUAUUGCAUGCUGAUGGGUAUGACCGCAGAGCAGAAAAACCUACUUUCUCUAGGAAAUGCAUCUGAGUACAGCUACCUGACAGUGGGAAACUGCACAAGCUGUGAGGGCCGGGAUGACAUCAAAGAGUAUGCCCACAUUCGCUCAGCCAUGAAGAUCCUGACCUUCACAGAUAAUAACUUCUGGGAAAUCACAAAACUGCUUGCUGCUUUGCUGCAUCUGGGAAACCUGGAUUUUGAAGCUGCUGUCUAUAAUAACAUGGAGAGCUGUGAUGUUCAAGCAUCCCUUCAUUUUACCACAGCAGCCAAGCUUCUUGAGGUUAAUCCAAAAGUGCUGGAAGUCAGCCUGACAAACCGCUCCUUCAUGACCAACAGAGAAAGUGUCUCUAAACCCCUCAGCUGUGAACAGGCUGUGGAUGGGAGGGAUGCUUUUGUCAAGGCAAUCUACAGCAGACUGUUUGUGUGGAUUGUGAACAAGAUUAACUCUGCCGUUUACACGGCCCCUCCUGCUGACCCCAGUCAUGUCCGCCAAUCUAUUGGCCUCCUGGAUAUCUUCGGGUUUGAGAACUUCAACAAUAACAGCUUUGAGCAGCUAUGCAUAAACUUUGCCAACGAGCAGCUGCAGCAGUUCUUUGUGAAGCACGUGUUUAAGCUCGAGCAGGAUGAGUAUGCUCAGGAGAACAUUGGCUGGCUGCACAUUGACUUUAAUGACAACCAGCACACACUGGACGUUCUGGCCAGCAAGUCCCUUAAUAUCCUUGCACUCAUUGAAGAAGAGAGCCACUUCCCAAAGGCUACUGACACCACCAUGCUUAACAAGAUAAACUCAAUACAUGGCAAAAGCAACAUCUAUCUGCCCCCCAAGAGCAAGCAUGAUAUGCAAUUUGGGAUCCAGCAUUUUGCUGGGGCUGUCUACUACAAUGCAAAAGGUUUUCUGGAGAAGAACCGAGAUGCGCUAAGUUCUGACUCCAUCCACCUGGUGAAGACAUCCUCCAACAAACUCUUGAAAACUAUCUUUGAAGCUGAUCUUAUUUCCGAUACUGUAAAGACUGUCAAUCCCAAGAUGAUAAUCAAGCCUAAGAACUCCGUUAAGGCCACAGACGCCAGAAAGCAGGUGCCCACACUCAGCGGCCAGUUUCGCCAGUCGCUUGACUCCCUGAUGAAGACUCUCACUGCCUGCCAGCCUUUCUUCAUCCGGUGUAUCAAGCCCAAUGACUACAAGAAACCCAUGCUUUUUGAUCGGGAUCUAUGUAUGCGUCAGCUACGAUAUUCAGGGAUGAUGGAAACCAUUAGAAUCCGAAAAUCGGGAUAUCCUAUCCGUUACGCAUUUGAUGAGUUUCUGGAGAGGUACCAUGUACUUCUGAAAACGUCUGUCUGUGAUCCGAAAAAGGAAACCCCUGAGACAUGCUGUAGCUCCAUCUGCGAAUCUGUCAUCAGCGCAGAAGGGGACUGGAAAAUUGGAAAAACUAAGAUCUUUCUCAAGGAUUACCAUGACACAAUGCUGGAGCUGGAACGAGACAGGGCCCUUCAUGAAAAAGCUACACUCAUUCAGAGAGUCCUUCGAGGCUACAAGUAUAGGAAACGCUUUGUAAAACAGAAGAAGGCAGCCGUGGUUAUUCAGAAAACCUGGCGAGGACACAAGUGCAGGAAGCAGUACAGAGUGGUCCAGCUGGGUUUUGCUCGCCUGCAGGCUCAGUGCCGGAGUAGGCAGCUCUCCCACCGCUACCAGCAGAUGCGGGAGGCUGCGGUCCUGCUGCAAGCGCAUUGCCGCGGUUACCUGCUGCGGAAGGAUUGCCGUCGGAAGAGAGAGGCGGUGGUAGUGCUUCAGGCUCAUGCUCGAGGGAUGCUGGCCAGGAGGUCCGUCACUAGGAUGAAGGAAGAGGCACACCUCUCUGCCCAGGAGCGGCUCACCCAGGAAAUGGAGAGGCGGCGCCAGCGUGAAGAGGUGCUCAGCAGGAAGUGCGAGGCCAGCUCCAAGUCGGAAUCCAUCAGCGAACAGGAGAUGGUGGACAAUAUUUUUGGUUUCCUGCCUGCUUCUCUCACUGUGUGGUGGAUCAUCCUUCGCUUCAUGGGCGAUAUUCCUGAACCAAGACAGCGGGCUCCUGAGAACAAGGGUCUUGGCAGUCUGGGAGAAAGGUCUAUUCAGGAAAAACUGGGACAACGGCAAGGGCGACGUCUCAGCCACCUGGUUGGGCUAGAUCAGAAACUUCUGCGAAGAAACAAAAAAGCUGCAAAGUCCUCAGGCGGGACUCGGAACAAAAGGCAGUCUGUAGUGCAGGAGGAGCCAGUGCUGCAGCCUCUGAAGGAAGAGGAUGAUGUGCUGGUGGGAGAAGGACCUACUUUGGAUCGACCAAUGACUGCCCUGGAAAAGUUGCAUUUCAUUGUAGGCAAUGGCAUUGUCAGACGAAACAUCAGGGAUGAGAUCUACUGUCAGAUCUGCAAGCAGCUAGUGGAGAAUGGGAAUCAAAGCAGCUACUUCCGUGGCUGGAUUCUGCUCUCCUUAUGUCUUGGAAUCUUCCCUCCUUCUGAACGUCUCAGUAAGUACCUCUUGAAUUUCAUUCGCUCUGGGCCUGCAGGCUACGCACCCUACUGCGUUGAGAGACUACGUCGUACUCUGACCAAUGGAGUGCGUGGUGAGCCACCUACCUGGAUGGAGCUGCAGGCAACCAAGACCAAAAAGCCAAUAGUGGUGUCUGUGACCUUGAUGGAUGGCCGAAUGAUGAGUGUACCCCUGGAUUCAGCAUCUACUGCUCAAGAGGUCUGCAAGUUCAUUGCCCAGAAAAUAAAGCUGAGUGACAUCUUUGGAUUCUCAGUCUACAUUGCCAUCUAUGAGAAGGUGUGGUCACUGGGCGGCGGUAAGGACCAUGUACUGGAUGCCAUAUCUCAGUGCGAGCAGGAGGUGAAGAGGCAGGGCGGUCAGGAGCAGCAUGCCCCGUGGCGCCUAUAUUUCCGGAAGGAGAUUUUCACCCCCUGGCACGACUGCAGCAUAGAUUCCACUAGCACCGAUCUCAUCUACAGGCAGCUGAUCCGUGGCAUCAGAUCUGGGGAGUACCAGUGUGACAAGGAAGAUGACAUGGUCCAGCUUGCUGCAAAGCAUUUUUAUGUGCAGUUUGGGUCAGACAGUGGUGGGGACAAUGCUAAGAAAGUGGUUCAGGACUGCAUCAACAACUCUCUACUGGAGGCCAAGUCAGAAGCCAAGUGGAUACAGCUGGUCGGUGAUGCAUAUACCAAGAGCCCUUACAUCAAGACAAAGAUUAAUCCAGACACUGUCAAAGCAGAAGUCAUCGAUUUUGGUCGCCACAAAUGGCCUUUAUUUUUCUCCAGGUUCUUUGAAGUUGUGAAGUUUUCAGGUCCUGCUUUACCUAAAAACACCUUCAUUGUUGCCAUUAACUGGACCAGCAUAUCUUUCGUGGAUGAAAAGGAGAGGGUGCUCCUGGUGCUGUCUUACCCAGAGGUGGUUGGUGUUAACACAAGCAGGUCGGAAAAGACACACGGACAAACAGUCACUCUGGCCACGCUGAAGGGUGAUUUUGUUCUCAAUUCUCCCAACGCUGCCAAUAUCGCAGACUUGCUGGUCAUGUUUCUUGAAGGACUGAAGGAACGGUCACAAUAUGCUGUGGCUUUGCAGGAAGCCAGUAAGCAGGAGCUGAUCAAUCAGUCGUUUGGUCUGAGAGAUGAAGUCUACUGCCAGAUCAUGAAGCAGAUGACUGACAACCACAAUAGGUACAGUAUAGAGAAUGGCUGGCAGCUGCUGUGGCUGUGCUGUGGUCUCUUCCCCCCCAGCCAGGCUCUGCUGAAGCACGCCCAGCGCUUUCUGGAGUCACGCCGUAGAGAACCCCUGGCGGCAGACUGCCUGCAGAGGAUGCAGGCAGCCCUGAGGGCUGAGCCAAGGAAACUUCCCCCUCACCAAGUAGAGAUUGAUGCUAUUCAGCAGAUGAGCACUCAGAUCUUUCACAAAGUGCACUUCCCCAAUGACACUGAGGAGAUCUUUGAGGUUGGAUCCCACACCAGGAUCCGGGAUCUCUGUCAUGAUAUUGCUGCAAAACUGAACCUGAUAUCAGCAGAUGGAUUCAGCCUUUUCUUGAAAACCCCUGACAAGGUGCUCAGUUUGAAUGAAGCAGAAUACUUCUUUGACAGCCUGAGACAAAUAACCGAUUGGACCAGAAAAGUGAAAAGAGUCAAAGAUGGAGGACCAGUAAAUGUGCCUUACCUUGUGUUCUUUAUGAGAAAACUCUGGUUCAAUGUGACCCCUGGAAAAGAUAUACAAGCUGACAUCAUCUUUCACUACACACAGGAGCUGCCAAAAUACCUGCGGGGUUACCACCGGUGUAGCAAGGAGGACAUGAUCAAUAUAGCUGCCCUCAUCUUCAAACUGAAGUUCAACAAUGACAAGUCAGAGUUUGUCAUGAUUCCAAAGAUGUUGAAAGAGCUGGUUCCCAAUGACCAGCUCAAACUCAUGUCUGCGGAGGAAUGGAGGAAGAACAUAAUUGCUUCCUAUAACAAGCAUGCUAGCCUGACAGUGAAUGACACAAAAGUGGCAAUUCUGAAAAUCAUCCACCGAUGGCCCACUUUUGGAUGUGCUUUCUUUGAAGUGAAGCAAACAUCUGAACCUGCUUUUCCAGAUAUCAUAAUGAUAGCUAUCAGCAAACAAGGAGUCACACUCAUUCACCCCAAAUCUAAGGAUGUCCUGGCUUCUUACCCUUUUAACAAAAUAGCAAACUGGUGCAGUGGAAGUACCUAUUUUCACAUGACCAUUGGUAAUCUGAUCAAAGGAAACAAAAUUCUGUGUGAGACUUCAUUGGGUUACAAGAUGGAUGACCUUUUGACGUCAUAUGUAACGAUGUACCUUAAUGAGAGGAAUGCUGUCCACGCCAGGACAAAUCGCUUUCCUGCCUGAAGAUAGAGAGACCUCAAGUCCUGCUGGGAUACAAAGGCAAUGACAUAACAUCUGCUGAUGUUAUACCUGUGUCAAUUGCACUAUUUCCCAUGCUGAUCACACACUAGUAAAACACCAUACCUUUGUGGCUUGUGAUUCAAGGCUAACUGAAUUAAACCGAUUGUGUGAAUGUUGUUAUAUGACUUUUGUAUAAAUCACAUUUAACAUAAAAUAACACACAUUUUCACAUGGCUAUAAACACAUAUUUAAGGUGAUUUUC